UCGCUCUCUCAUCAUGGGGAAUCAGGAGUCUAGGAAUCAUUCCUCCUCCUCCAGGGGCGGAAAGGUCGUCUUGUGGGACGGCACGGUGCACCGGUUGGAGGACCCCGGCCUCACCGCGGCCGAGCUGAUGCUGGAGCACCCACGGCAAGUCGUGGUCGAGUUCGACCCCAAGGCGAGCGGGAAGAGGCCGGCCCCGCUGCCCGCCGACCGGGAGCUCGAACCUGGGAAAGUUUACCUCAUGCUCCCUGUGAAGCAGGGGAAGCCCAUGUCCCUGUCUGCCGAGGAGGCCCGGCACGUCCUCCUUGCGGCGAACUCAGUCCUGCGGUCGAGGUCUCUCCUGCCCUCGUCCUCGAGGCUCUUGCCGUUGUUUGCGUGGAUGUGCAUUCUCGGCGAUGGAUGCAAAGAGAGCAGGCCGCCGCCCCGGGAGGGGAACCGGGAAGACGAGACGAGCGUGGCCAAGACGUGCACCUUGGCGGACCCGAUCAUGUCGGAAAUCAUGGACGGGAGGCCGGAGUACUUGAGCAGGCAGCUCUCGGGGAAGGGAUGGAAGCCGAGUUUAGACACCAUCAAAGAGAAGAGGAUUGAGAAGAAGGUGCCUUACUGGCUGUUCUAGUCACUUUCACAAGGUCUUCAAGCGUUAGGGAAUCAUAGUUGUUGUGAAAAAUUACUAACGGCGAUGGAGAGAAAUUGGAGGGACCAAAGUCAACGGCACAUGUCCUGACCAGGAUCUUGAGGAAGAACUACGUAGUAAUGAUCCAGGAGUUUAGGGAGUUAUAGCUAUAGGGGUCCGCCUGUUUGUGGGCAGUUCGACCCGAAAGUCUGUUUAUGACAAGGCCCGGUGUUCUAAAUUUGAGCCCAUCCACCGCGUUGGGCCAGGUCGGUAGUUGCAUUUCCAUAUGCAACGGUUUGAUGUAAUCGAUUCGAUUUAUCUUUUGU